UUUCGGUCCGCGAAGCAAGAGUUUGAGGUUAGAUCUGCUGACAGGAAAAUUUUCUUCAGAGUGCAAAAUCCUUUGUGCAGCGCAGGACGUUCCGCCGUGUUUCCGUGCGUCGUGUUCCGUCGUCGAUCGUAGCAAGCGGAAGUUUGUGGCGAAGGUGUUCCCCCCUUCCUCCCCUCAACACGUAGCGUGUGUGUGUGUGUCCAUCGCAACCGGAAGUGGACCUCGCGUGUGAGUUUCUUUGCGGAACGAAAAAAAACGUGUGUGGCCACGACAAAAUGGAACAAAUUAUCCGGAAUUUGCUGGUGGCAGACAACGAUUUGAUACAACAGGCCAGCGCCGAGCUGAAGGAGGCGUUCAAGCGCCCGGAGACGGUUCCGCAGCUGUGCGAGCUGACCGUGUCGCAUUCCGAUGCCCAGGUGCGGCAGUACAGCGCGAUGCUGCUGAAGAAGCAGCUGUGCAAGUUGCGCAACUGGCAGCAGGUUCCGCCCGAGCAGCAGGCCCUCAUCAAGAAGGGCAUGCUGGAGGCGAUCGUGAAGGAGCCGGAGAAGUCCGUGCGGACGGCCAUUACGGCGUUCGUGGGCGUGCUGGUGCGGCACGAGGCGGCCAAGGAGGACGGCUGGAUGAACGAGGUGUUGAAGUUUAUGUUCGACAGUACGAGUUCGGGGGAUCCGAAGCUGGCGGAGAUUGGCGCGGCCACGUUUGCCACGUUGACGGACACGUCGCCGGAUCAGUUUAUUCCGCACUUUGAGAACGUGUGCCAGCUGUUUUCGUCGGCGUUGAUUGCGACGGAGGCGAGUGGGAACAUGUGCACGCCGGUCGUGUACUACAUUCUGCAGGGCAUGUCGCAUCUGGUGCCGUUCAUUACGGGGCAUCCGGCGGCGGAGAGCACCUACCAGCAGUCGAUUCCGUACGUGGCGAAGGCUUUGGUGGGGUUCGCCCAGCUGGACUCGUUCAAGUUCAUCGAGGCGUUUGAUAUUUUGGAGAAUUUGGCCGACGAGUCGUCGCGAAUUUUGACGCCGCAUUUGAAGCUGUUGAUUGAGUUCUGCUUGGAGGUUGGCCAGAACGGGGAGCUUGAGGAUUCCGUCCGGGUGAAGGCCAUCACGUACAUUGGGUGGUUGGUGCGGUUGAAGAAGAAGAUGAUCAUCAAGCAGAAGCUGGUGGAACCGAUCGUGAUUGCGUUGUUCCGACUGAUGAGCGUGGCGCCGGAUAUUGAGGAUGAGGAUGAGGAGUACUUUGGAAGCAACGAGGUGUCUACGCCGAGUACUUGCGCGGCCCAGUCGUUGGACGUGCUUGCGCUGCACAUUCCACCGAAGCAGCUCAUUCCGACGCUGAUGUCGCUGCUGGAACCUGCUCUGCGUGGCACUGAUCCUCUGGCCAAGAAGGCAUCGUACCUGUCGAUUGCCGUAAUUGCGGAAGGUUGUUCCGAGCACAUCUGCAGCAAGUAUUUGAAGCCGCUGCUGGACGUGAUUAAGAACGGCAUCACCGACCAGAACCCGAUGAUCCGUAACGCGGCGUUGUUUGCGCUGGGACAGUUCUCCGAGCACCUGCAGCCGGAGAUUUCGCAGUACGCCGAGGAGAUUCUGCCUAUUCUGUUCGAGUUUCUGCAGCAGCUGUGUCUGCAGAUUCGCACCGGUGGCAAGGAACCGCAGCACAUCGAUCGCGUCUUUUACGCGCUGGAGACGUUCUGCGAGAACCUGGAGGAUCAGCUGACGCCACACUUGCCGAUUCUGAUGGAACGACUGUUUGAGGCGCUGGAUUCGCGCAACUCGGUCCACCUGCGGGAGCUUUCGCUGACGGCCAUCGCGGCUACGGCGAACGCCGCCAAGGUGAACAUGCUGCCGUACUUCCCGCGGUUGAUCGACAGCUUGAAGAUGUAUCUGGUUAAGACGGAGGACGAGGACAUUUGCACGUUGAGGCCUCAGGCGAUCGACACGUUUGCCGCGCUGGUACGAACCAUCGGAAAGGACAACUUCUUGCCGCUGGCGGUGGACACGCUGAACCUGGGACUGACCAUGCUGGACGGCUGUGACGAUCCGGAUCUGCGACGAAGCUGCUACAAUCUGUUCGCCUCGAUGGCCUCCUCCGUGAAGGAGGACAUGGCGGGAUCGCUGACGAAAAUUGUCGAAUCUAUGCUGGAGAGUGUCAAGAGCACCGAAGGCAUCGUGCCAACCUUCAAGGACGACGGAGACGAUCUGGUGCUGCCAAACGGGGGAAACGCCGAGAAUGACGACGACCAGGAGUACGACAUCGAGGACUCGGACAACGAAAACGAAGACGAUGACGACAUUGCCGGGUACAGCGUGGAGAAUGCUUACAUGGACGAAAAGGAGGAAGCGAUCCUGGCACUGAUGGAGUUUGCCGAGCACACCGGACCGGCCUUUUCCCCCUUCAUCCAGACUGCAUUCGAGGAAAUCUACAAACUGAUCAACUACCCCAACGAGGACAUCCGGAAGGCGUCGAUCGACGCGCUGAAGCAGUUCGUCAUUUCCCUGCACGAGCUCGGCAACGUCGAGGGCGUCAACCAAACGAUCCUGAUUCUGGUGCCCAAGCUGAGCGAAAUCAUCCGGACGGACGAGGAACGAACGGUGGUCAUGUCGGCGCUGGACGGCUACAGCGACAUCAUGGAAAAGGUCGGCGCUUCGGCCAUCCAAGCCGAGGGCCAAAAGGACGCCAUCUUCGGCUGCAUUGUGGACGUGCUGAACGGCAAGGUCGCGUGCCAGUUCGACGAACCCGUCGACGAGGAGCAGGAGGAGAGCGAGUACGACGAGGCCAUCAUCGAGUCGGCCGGCGACAUUCUGCCCAAGUUUGGCCGGGCGCUGCCUCCGGCGGAGUUUGCCGUCUACUUUGGACGCGUUUGGCCUUACUUCAUCCAGAAGAUUGAGAAAACGAAACACAAGGACGAAACGACGGACUCGCAGCGCGCCUUCGCCAUCGGCGUUCUGUCCGAGUGCUUCAGCGGCCUCAAGGAGUUCACCGCCAACUGGUUCGAGACGCUGCUGCCGAUCUUCGUGUCGUGCGUGCAGGACCGCAACAACGAGGUGCGGAACAACGCCGUGUACGGCAUCGGCGAGAUGGUCCUGAACGGCAACGAGUGCUCGUACAAGCACUUUCCGCAAAUUUUGACCUCGCUUUCGACGGUGGUCUCGAAGGAACAGCACCCGGGCACGCUGGACAACAUUUGCGGUGCCCUCGCUCGUAUCAUCACCACCAACAGCAGUCUUGUGCCAAUGAAGGAGGUUCUUCCCGUCUUCGUCCAAUACCUACCCCUUCGCGAGGACUUUGAAGAGAACCAGGCCGUGUUCCGCAGCCUGGACGUCAUCUACCGCCAGGGCAACGAACAUCUGAUUCCGCUGCUGGGCCGCGUGCUGCUCGUCGGCCUGCAAGUUCUUUACAAAAAGCAACACAACAAUGACGAGUGUCGCGAUCUGGUGUUCAACUUUGUCAAGCAGAUCGGCAAGGACUUCCCGGAGAAGUUUGCCGAGGCGGUGCGCAGCGACGCAGAGCUUGCACUCUUUGUCCAGACGCUGCCGCUGCAGUAGAAGCCGGUGCGCGUGCAUCUGAUGCACAAACUGUACGUGUCCUACAUCAACCCGUACCUGCAGAACUGCGUGCGCCGCGUCGAGCUGAAAACCACCAAGAUGAGAUACCGGAGCAGACGGAGCGUUGGCGUGACGGGGUGUGCCUCGGGGGGGCGCGACCGCGAUUCCGACGACGACGACUACGACGAUAACGUGGCGCGCAGCUUCGACAGUUCUGACGACGAGCGGUACAAGUGAUGGAGGGAACGUCCGAGUAGAGUAGGUCUAUCGUGUUGUGCGGAAUGUGAGCAAGAAGAUGGCAGUCCUUGAACCCUUUAAACCUGUGCGCGAACGUAUCAACCCCCCCGUAACAUAUUCUACUCGCUAUGCAGAUGCAUAAUUAUUCUCUAUUUUUUUAUAAACUGCUAGUUAACAGACCCGCUAGUGUUAACAGUGAUGUGUUAAAGUUUAUUUAUUCUCCCUAGAAUUAGUUCAUUGUUACAAGUAAACAAUACAAUACACUCACACACACAUACUCUGCUUGCAUUGCAUGAAAAUGUGAACUUUUCCAAAAACAUUUUUUCUUUAUACAUCAGUAGAGAAAACGAAAGCAACGCAUAAAACGUGCAAGCCAAAACAGUCCAGCGCAAAUCUAAACCUGAAAUAAAAAAAAACCCUAAAAGUAAAUCAAUAUCUCUCCGUCAAGUAGAAUCCACAGUAAACAAAACAAACAGAAGAAAAUAGUGUAAAACCUAAACAUAGCCAGCCAGAACUAGAUAUAAUCGACGUUUCUGUCCUUCCGCCAUCGAAACAAAAAAA